GUCAAGAAUCCCCUCAACGGGUUUCAUAUACAUUCUGCGUCUAUUGCUUCCUCGUUAUUCUAAUUUCUAAUACCAUCAAAGAGAGAAGAGAAUGGAGAGACCACCAACAACUAUGUCUGUAAUGGAGGCAUUUGAGAAAUUAGAGAAGGUAGGAGAGGGAACUUACGGGAAGGUGUACAGAGCAAGAGAGAGGGCAACCGGCAAGAUCGUUGCCCUCAAGAAGACUCGUCUUCACGAAGAUGAUGAAGGAGUCCCUCCCACUACUCUCCGCGAAGUCUCCAUCUUGCGUAUGCUCUCUAGGGAUCCUCACGUCGUCAGAUUGAUGGAUGUCAAACAAGGCCUGAACAAAGAAGGCAAGACAGUACUCUACUUGGUUUUUGAGUACAUGGACACCGAUCUUAAGAAAUUUAUCCGAAGUUUCCGCCAAACUGGAGAGAAUAUUUCAGUGAAAAUUGUUAAGACCUUGAUGUAUCAACUGUGCAAGGGAGUUGCUUUCUGCCAUGGGCAUGGAAUCUUACACAGGGAUCUUAAGCCUCAUAACCUCUUGAUGGACAGAAAGACAAUGAUGCUUAAGAUUGCAGAUCUAGGGCUAGCUCGAGCGUUUACUCUUCCUAUCAGAAAGUAUACUCAUGAGAUAUUGACCUUGUGGUACAGAGCUCCUGAAGUUCUUUUAGGGGCUACCCAUUACUCAACUGCAGUGGAUAUGUGGUCUGUAGGUUGUAUAUUCGCUGAACUGGUCACAAAGCAAGCACUUUUCCCUGGGGAUUCAGAAUUGCAACAGCUCCUGCAUAUAUUCAGACUAUUGGGUACGCCAAAUGAAGAAGUGUGGCCAGGAGUAAGCAAAUUGGUCAACUGGCAUGAGUAUCCCCAGUGGAGUCCCCAGAGUCUGUCAUCAGCUGUUCCAAAUUUGGAGAAGGAUGGAUUAGAUCUAUUAGGAAAUAUGUUGCAAUAUGAACCUUCAAAGCGCAUCUCAGCAAAGAAAGCUAUGGAGCACCCUUACUUUGAUGAUCUGAACAAGGCUAUUCUUUGAAGAAGCAGUAUAAUAGUUGGAAUGCCAGGUGUUGGCAACGGAAAUUCUCUAUUGAAAGUCUAUUUGCUUCCCUCGAGCAUACUAAGUGUUCCUACGUCUUGUAACGGUUUGGAUAACUUAGCAAUUUAAAUCCAAUGACAUCAUUUUAUUGUUGCACAAUUUGUUGCAUAUAUGAAUUGAUGCCUUAAUAUGUUGUAGAAAAAGAACGUGAAUUUAACUCGAUAUUCUCCUGUUAUAUGAAA